UGACACACUUCCAGGUUCCUUCACUCGUUCAGUCAGUUUUAUUUUGAUACCUCAAUGUAUUAGACAGUACGCAACUACACAUACCUAUUAUCCCUUUUAGUAGACACACCGUAUAUUUAGUGGAAAUAUUUUGUGAUGGAAGGUUUAAUUAAAUAGAAUAUUGAUUAAAAAACUCACAUUUACAAAUGCUUUUUUUAUAAUAUAGUUUACUAUUUGUAUUUUUCAAAAAUGAUUUCCUUUUUAUUGUUUUUGAUAUUUACUACAAAUAUUGUUGCUGAUGAGAGUGUCAAAUAUGCAGCUGUUAUAUUUAGACAUGGGGAUAGGACACCAGUAGAGCCUUACCCCACAGAUCCAUGGCGGAACGAAUCUUUGUGGCCUGUGAAAUUUGGAGAGCUGACAAAUGUUGGGAAACGACAACAUUACGCGCUGGGAAAGUGGCUCAGGCAAAGAUAUUCGCAUUUAUUGUCAGACGCAUUUGAUCCUGCAGAGAUUUAUAUUCGGUCGACAGACGUUGACCGGACUCUUAUGUCAGCUCAAGCUAAUCUAGCAGGAAUGUAUCCACCAAAGAGUAAAACUGUGUGGAACAAUGAAAUAAACUGGCAGCCAAUACCAGUCCACACUGUUCCUGAACUAGAAGAUGAACUACUUGCUAUGAGGAAGCCAUGCCCUGCUUAUGACACGGAGUUAGAGAGGCUAAAGCACUCCAAACCAUAUAAAGAAAGACUGAGUAAAUACCAGCAUUUGAUGGAUUAUCUGUCAGCAUAUUCAGGUAUCAAAGUGAAGGAUUAUUAUGACAUUGUUGAUAUUUAUAGUACUUUAUAUAUUGAGACUCUAUAUAAUUUUACAUUGCCAAAUUGGACACAAUCUGUGUUUCCUGAUGAAAUGCGCGAACCAGCGUGCUACAGUUUUAAGACUGAAACAGGAUCUCCGCUUCUAUCUCGACUGAAAGUAGGUCCUUUGCUCAAACAGAUAAUGACGCGUAUGUCGGAAGUUUUGUCUGGAAGUAAUAAGAGUCAUAAGGUGGUGAUGUACAGUGGACAUGACCUGACUGUAGGCAGUGUACUCAAUGCACUGGGUCUGUAUGAUGGAAACUGCCCGGUGUACACAUCAACUAUAUUACUGGAACUGGUGAAUUCAAAUAAAACAGGUGAACACUUUGUAAGAAUUUCAUACAGGAAUUCAACAGAGAUUGUUGAGCCGCAUAUCCUUAAGAUACCAUUCUGUGGCGAAGCUUGUCCGGUGGAAAGGUUUAAGAAAUUGUAUGAUAACCUUAUAUCCGUAAACUGGGAAGAAGAAUGUAAGAAACAGUUCCCAGCGCUGCUUGGAGCCUCGUUUAUCAUUGGCCUGUGUCUGUUUAUAACAAUUUACGUAGUCCACAAAAUACACUUUGCCCGCGUGUAUAAACAAUAUAGGAAAAAUUUGACGUAUGAAAGUAUCCAGAAACCCGCUGCAAUGCUAAGCAAUCCGCUGCAUGCUUAGAUAAUGUUAUAUCGCUAAAUAUAUUAUAUACAAUCAAUACCUAUUUUUAGAUAAUUAUGCAUUUGUAAUAGGUAUGAAUUCAUAAGAAAAUGUUUGACUGUGUUUUAUUCUUUGACCAAAAAUGUAUUAACUUUAGUUCCUUAUUGGAUCAGCAAAAUAAAAGUCAUUA